AUGGAAGCUCAUCAUCCAGCGAAAAGCAGGAACACCAGCUCCAACUCCACUCGCGACAGAAUAUCCCAUUUGCCACAGCCCAUUUUGCACCAAGUUCUCGGUUUCCUCUCCCAAGAGCACGCCGUCCAAACUAGCGCAUUAUCCAAAUCAUGGCGCGAUCUUGGCUGCACUCGCCCCAAAAUCGACUUUCAUUAUUACUCCUUCAAUGAGAAUCAUGACAAGUUCGUGUUGGCUUUGGACAAGACGCUGCAAGGUUACCAUGACAGAGGUCUUUCCUUAAAGGAAUUUCUUGUCAAUUUUGAUCCUAAAUCCAUUUCCCUGCUUCAAAAAUGGAUCCCCAUAGUAUUGCUGAAUAUGGGUGUGAAAAGGUUCCAUCUCGAAUCCUAUCCGGAUUGCUUUGAUAUGCCGUCGGUCGUCUUUGAAGCCGAAAACCUCGAGGAAUUGCGUCUCGCGAACUGCCGAAUUCAUCUUCCAGACAAGCUACUUUCUAAACAUCUACGUAGAUUUUGGCUCUUUGACGUCAAUAUUGGAGAUGAAGCUUUGCAGAAGAUAAUAUCGGGCUGCCCCUCGAUGGAAUACUUGGUCAUCGAGGCUUGUGAAAGUCUCACAACAGUUAAGGCUUGUAAUAAUAGUCUCAAGCACUUUGAGUACAAUGAUUGUCCUAGGAAUGAUGCUGUCACCAUCGACAUUAAUGCUCCGAGUUUAGAGAGCAUCACCAUUGUGGGUGAUUCGAGAUGGUUCCACUACCGUAAGUCUUUUCCUCGUCUCAAGACCGUGCGUCUCCAUUAUGUGAUGCUUAGCCCAAGGAACUUCGAUAUGUUCUCGGUCGACUUUUGCUGUCUUGAGGAAUUGGAAAUGCGAUUUUGCGGUGGCCUUGAAGAGUUCCAGCUCUCGAGCCGCUCGAUUAAGCGUUUGCGUUUUGGGGUGAACGGCCCCUCCAAGGCAGUUCUUAACCUCCCGAAUAUACUUUGUCUCCGGUUGGAUUGCAAAGAUUUCCCGUCAAUCUCGUUGACAACAGAUUCUAGCGAGUGGAGAUCAGAGAUUUACUUGAUGACUUCUGUUAAUCCUAAUAAUGAUAAUGAAGCUGCAUCCUUGUUUGAUAAGUUACAUGAACUGCACAGGGAAUUGGGACAUUCUCGAAUUUCUCUGCACAUGAGAGAUUUUCCUCAGGAUUUAGCAUUCAGUUAUGAGGGUCUUAAAGAACUUCCCGUGAUCGAGAGCUUGACUGUACUGGACAAUUCGAAAUUUUCUUUCCUUGAGGCUUUUUUGAAUUAUUUCUUUGGUAAUUUCCGGCCAAGAUAUGUACAACAGUCUGUGUCUGCCGCUCAAGAGUAUGAAAACGAACGGGACCUCUUUGAUUUGUAUAUGGAUGAAUUAAUGGCUGAACAGUAUGGAGGUGCCAAUGAAGUCAUCGAUUCGAAUACAGUUUCGGUCACUAAAAAGUAUGGAGGAGUCAAUGAACUCGUUGAUCGUUUGUGCGAUAUCUUUCUGAUGGGGAACGCAACGGAGAAUUGCUUUUGGCGGCAGGAUUUGGAGGAAGUAAGCGUGGAGGCGGCCAGUGACGAGAAUGGAGGGAAAUGGUAUCCUUUGAAAGGAGCGAAUAUAUCUGAAUGGGGGUUGCCGAACGAUGAUGAUCAACUGAUUCGCUUUCGACUAAAAUGGAGAGGGUCAAGUCUUUCUUGA